GGGAAAAACAGGCACAUGCCAUACGCAUCGCUCCGUCGCGUGCUUCUGCCGCAGGUGGACCGCCGCGUGAUGCGAUCCACCAUGCAAAUCUACAGCGCCACUGCCAUGCAGCAGCUCUACAUCAGUCGUGUGGACACAAAGCAGCAAUGGAUCGUCGUGUCGAAUCCGUCGACGAAGUAUGUUGACUUGACACACCACCGGCUCACCAACGACGCCGGUACGGUCGUGUUUCACUUCCCCAAGGGCUACAUCUUGCAGUCGGGUGAAGAAGUCACGGUGUGGUGCACCCCUGGGUCGAGUGACUUCAACUCGCACAAUCUGUUGGACCCGUACCUUUUGUGGACGUCGCUCGACGGCAGGCUGUCCAGCUCUCCAUUCUUCGUCAAGGCCCAGCCCCUACAUGAAGUCAUCCUUCUCGAUGCAUACCUCACCGAAGUCGCGUCGCUCCAGGUCACAUCCACCGGCCAGAAAACGUUCCGAGUCAACAGCGCGUCGCCGCAACCGCUUUCGUACCCGUACUUGAAUCCGUUCCAUUUCCAACAACGGCAUGGCGUGUAUGUGUUUUCUCGGUAUUGGGGCGUCGUGUCUGAUCCCGCGUAUGCUGCGCACUUCGCCGCCGUGUUCAUCUGUCCCGUGAUUGAAGUCGCGCGCAUUCUUCUCAUGUACAGCGUCCUCGCGCAAGUGUACUUGAAACCAACGGAUCUGAACCCGUUCUACCUUCCGCUUGCGUUCCUCUGCGACCUGUUGGCGCGGUCCGCGUCGCUGUCCAUCAAGGACGGCCACCUCGCCACGUUUCUUUCAUUCUCGUCGUUCCUGGUCGACCAGUUCCAUCUCCUGGCCGUGUACCUCAGCCUCAUGGCGCUGUUCCCGUCCAUGCACUCGGUGUACUCUGCGCUCCUGUCGGCCGAGUUCGCGCUGAACCUCGUUAGCCUGGCCGGACCACCCGCGCACUUUUUCACGACGCGCCACCAGUGGCACCAAGUGUAUCGAUGGUCCGAGGCAGUGCUCUACUCGAGCCCGACCGUCGUGUCCACGUGCUUUGUGGCCAAGGAAGCGUUCUUCUUCCUCCUCCACGUCAAGGCGUCGCCGCAUGUAAUGGCGAGCGUGUCCCCGCUCUUGCUCCACCUCGUGUUGUAUGCGUGCAUCCCGUGCGUGGUGCUGGCGACGGCCAUGACGUUAGCGCGGGGCACGGCCAUUGCUGUCCAUUUGCUCACGUUACGUCGACAGAAGGAACGCCAAAGCUAGAAGCUCUAGUGUACCGGACGACAUGAUAACAUGAAAUAUAGCCUCGCUUUCUGGAUGUGUUUG